AUGGUUCUCAUCUUCGCCAUCUUCUGUGCCACAGCUGCCUUUGGUGAGGCCGCGCGUGCCCGAGGCGCCCAGAAAGAGCACGGUUCCAUCGUCCCGGCGGGCUCCUCCUGCGAACUCGGCCAAGGCUUCCACCCCAGCAAGUCUUGCGCAGAUGCCGCGGUCGGAGUCGUGGUCCAGGAAUGCCAAGGCUUGCCCGGCGAUGAAGAUGCGUGUUGGGAUUCCCUGCCACUCAGCGUCGAAGCGCAGGACACGACCCAGGUCAUCAAGUCGCUGGACGACGCCAGCGACUCUGCGCGGAUCGUUGCGAAGAUGGAAGGAAGCGCCUGGGGCGUGCACACGGCUGCGAGCGCACAGGCGAUGAUGGACUCGAAGUUCUCAUCCCUGUCUCUGACGUACAUGACCUAUGCUGCAGGGACCAGCACGAAGAUGCGGCUGACAAGGAGACCGAGGCUGAAACUCACCAGGGGCGCCCGAGGCCUCCUCCUCACCAGCCCCCAGCAGUUUGUGAGGACCUACGGCAAGCACUAUGUCAAGGGCCUGGUCUAUGGCCACCGCUUCCUCGCGCUCUGCACCUUCUCCUCCGAGACCUCCGCCAGCUUAAAGGAAAUCGAGAAGACGGUGGAGCUCUCCUUUGGGAGAGGCGGCCUCUUCGGCGCAGGAGGUGGAUCCAGCGCAACGGCGAAGCUGAGCUCCCACAACUUGACCUUGAAAUUGGAAGCCAGCUUCAGCGGUGGAGAGUCGGUGCCCGGUCCCACCGAGUCUCUGGAAAGCCUGCGCGCGGCAAAGUUACAGUGGUGGCAGACCAGGAACAAGAACCAAAAGGUUCUGGGUAUGCAGGUGGCUCCCUGGAUCGAGCUGGAUGAAGUGCAAGAGAUUCUGAAGACGCAGCCGGCCGAUGUCAAGAGGCUCUUCUACGAAACCUACAUCUCCCCCCAGACCCUCGAAGAGGUGAACGAAGAGAUCGUGAAGUUGGGGUAUGUGUACAGGACUGCCAUCUCCCUGGGCGAGCUGGAUUGCAUCGCGGCCAAGUACCGCGAGGAGCUCGAGGAAGUUAAGAUCCGGGUCAGUUCUUGUCGUAUCAGAAUGGCCGGCGUUGGUGGUGAGACUUCGUUCCUGGACGAUGUGCAGGCCAAGAUUGCCAGCGGUGAUCCGUCUUGGCGCGAGGCGUCAAAACUGGGAGAGGAGUUGCGACGCAUCAGCUCUGACAGGUCUGUGCAAACGCAGACCCUGUACACCCCCAAGCCUGCCGAACAGGUGGAUAUGUUAUCAAUCCAAAACCCCGAAGAGAAGGACCGAUUAUACUCCGCCACGCUCAACUACCCCAACUGCAAAACGUCCAGGCUUUUCAAUCCAGAAGCCUGGUGUGUUGGGCAACCUGUCCGAGAUCAGUGGAUGCAGAUCGACUUAGGCCAAGUGCACCGCGUUGAAGGUCUAGUGAUGAGGCACCGGCGGUAUGGUCCUCGAAACCAGAUGCGCCUCACCAAGUUCAACGCCUUCCAUAGCAUGGAUGGGCUCCAUUGGGAGCUGGGAGGGAACUUUCACAUCGAGCCUGCCGAGUGGGACCAGCACUGGCCGACGCUUGUGGGUGCAAACUUCCUCUUCACCAAGAUGGUGGCCGCGCGCUGGGUCAAGAUUGUCCUGCUUGAGGGGAGCAGCGAAGGCGUCUGUGUGCAGGUGGCUCUGUGGGCAGACUUUGCCUUGGACAAGAGACUUGAAUGCGGCCAAUGA